AUAUUCCAAUCACUCACACUUUACGCAAUCAGUCUUUUUUUUUUUUUUCUUUUCCCUCAAGUUCCACUCUCUACAAUUCUCACCGUUUUCGUCUUCUCCGAGCAAACCAACAGUGCUUUCUCUCUCCUCGGGAGCUUUGGACGGUUUCUAUUAUCUUGCGUGACAAUCUAUACGUCGUAGAAAAUGUUUUUCGAUGGUUAUGGGUAUCACGGGACAUCGUUUGAGCAGACAUAUCGAUGUUACCCGGCUUCAUUUAUUGAAAAGCCACAACUUGAAAGUGGUGAUAAAAUUAUAAUGCCUCCUUCAGCCUUGGACCGCCUUGCAUCUUUACAUAUUGAUUAUCCAAUGUUGUUUGAGCUUCGGAAUGCUUCUGCUGAGCGGGUUUCUCAUUGUGGCGUUCUUGAGUUCAUUGCUGAAGAAGGCAUGAUCUAUAUGCCUUACUGGAUGAUGGAGAACAUGCUCUUGCAAGAGGGGGAUAUUGUGCGAGUGAAAAAUGUUACUCUUCCAAAGGGAACAUAUGUCAAAUUGCAACCGCACACAAAGGACUUUUUGGAUAUUUCAAACCCAAAAGCUAUCUUAGAGACAACAUUAAGGAACUUUUCUUGCUUAACCUCUGGGGAUAGUAUUAUGGUGGCAUAUAACAACAAGAAGUAUUACAUAGAUAUAAUAGAAACAAAACCUGCUAAUGCAAUAAGUAUCAUUGAGACAGACUGUGAGGUGGACUUUGCACCUCCCCUCGAUUACAAGGAACCUGAAAAGCCUAUUGCACCUGUUCCUCUAGGCAAGGCACCAGCUGAAGAGGCUCCAGCUGAAACUGAACCUAAAUUCAGCCCUUUCACUGGAUCAGGGAGACGCUUGGACGGGAAACCUUUGAAUUACCAGCCUCCAUCAGUUGCUCCCUCACGAUCCAAAGACAAGCAACCUAAUGUUGCCAAUGGUAAUGCAAAGCCUUCUGCAGGAUCUAGUUCACAAAGCACCAAUCGUCAGGCUCAGGGAAAGCUUGUGUUUGGAUCAAAUGUAAGCCGCACUCCUAAAGAUACACCAAAGGAACCUGUAAAAGAGACUAAACAAGAGCAGCCCUCAAAGAGUGAAGAGCCAAAGUUCCAGGCUUUUUCUGGGAAAAAGUACUCAUUGAGGGGUUGAUGAACUUUCAAACAAUCAAAUGCUCUUUAAGUUAUUUUAUUCUCCUUUCACUAGUCCUAUAUGGAUUAGGGAAUACAAUGGAGUUCUGUAUUUAUCUGGGAUGUAUUAACAAAAGAUGAAACAGUAGGUUCUCAUGUCAAAUGAAGAAAUGAAAAUCGUGACUUAUUUCAUUUGUUUGUGA